AUGAGGGGGAAGAUGCUGUUCCUCACCGCGCUUCAUGCCACACUCUUUGCUUCAGCACAAGUUAUGGCUCAGAAAAGGGAGAGAGUGAUCUGCACCAAUGUGUACUUGGCGGAUAUUGUGUUUCUGGUGGAUGGAUCAUCCAGCAUUGGAAGGAACAACUUCCGCAUGGUCCGAUCCUUCAUGGAGGGGUUGGUGGUUCCUUUUGUCAACGUGGUGAGUGAGAAUGGAGUCCGCUUCGGAGCCGUGCAGUACAGUGAUGAACCCAGGACUGAGUUCACGUUCUCCAGGUUCCUCAAUGGAACAGAGGUGAUGAGGGCUGUUCGCGAGAUGGCCUACAAGACUGGGAACACGCGCACAGGCGCAGGUCUUCGUUACGUGGCAGAUAACUUCUUCGGAGUUGGUCAGAUCCGGCCCAACGUUCCAAAGAUCUGUAUCCUCAUUACAGAUGGAAAGUCUCAGGAUGAGGUCGAGCAGGCCGCCUUGAGGCUGAAGAGUCAAGGCAUUAAAGUCUUCGCUGUGGGUGUCAAAAAUGCAGACCGCAAGGAGAUAGACAGAGUGGCCUCCACGCCCACGGAAGAUUAUUCCUUCUAUGUCAGUGAUUUUAAAAUUUUGGCCACCCUGCUGCCGCUGGUGUCACGGAAGGUGUGCUCCAGCACCGGGGGCAUCCUGCAGACAGCAGGCAUUCAGGCGUACGAGGGUCCCUCAAACCUGGUCUUCGUGGAGCAGGGAACAGACAUGCUGAGGAUCCGCUGGAACGCUGCCGGUGGCCCGGUCACAGGCUACAAGGUGCAGUACGUGCCUCUCACGGGCCUGGGGCAGCAAAUAACCGCAGAGCUGCAGGAGGUGAGCUUGGGAGCUGGCGAGACGAGCACUGUGCUACGCGGCUUGAGGGCAGGGACGGAUUACCAGGUCACCAUUAUUGCCCAGUAUGCCAACAGAAUCGGAGACUCUGUUUCUGGCAGAGGACGCACCCGUGAAAAGGAAGGGUUGCAGCUGUCUGCCCAGAACAUCUCCUCCCAGGGCAUGCUGGUGGCCUGGCGGGGCGUGAGUGGAGCAACUGGGUACCGCAUCACGUGGGCCCUCCUCUCAGAAGCCCUCGUCGUACAGAUUUUGAGGACCAUCAGUGUUGACCCAACUUCUAUCCAGGUGGCUUGGAACAUCAUUCCUAAUGCCCGGGGCUAUAGGCUGGAGUGGAGAAAAGCGACAGGUGUGGAUUCCCCCAAGACUGCUUCCCUGCCCACCAAGGAGAACAGCUACACUCUGACAGGCCUGCAGCCGGGCACGGAAUAUCACAUCACCCUCUACACCUUGUAUGAUGGCAAGGAGGUGGCGACGCCAGUUACCAUCUCACAGACAGAAGUUCUGUUGCCUGUGGGCGGCAUCUCAGACUUGAGGAUCGUUGAAACUAUAGGAAACAGAAUCCGACUAGCCUGGACGGGCGUCCCAGGGGCCACAGGGUAUAAGAUUGUGCUACGUAACACCCAGGAUGGCACCGAGAGGGUUCGGCACAUCCCAGGCUCCCAGACCACGGAGGACCUCGUGGACCUGAAAGAGGAUGUCGGCUACGUGGUGCGUGUGUCGGCUCUGGUCGGCAACCGCGAGGGGAGCGCCACCCCUCUCAAUAUCAGAAUCCGACCGGCUCUUGCAGGCACUGUCUCAAACCUGCGCAUGGUGCCGGUGGGACUGGGUCGGGUCCGGCUUCUGUGGACUCCCAUCACUCGGGCUACAGCUUACAAGCUGGUGAUUGUCAACACCCAAGAUGGCUCUGAGGAGACCAGGCGGAUCGCUGGCGACCAGAGUUUCUUCGACCUGCAGGACCUGAAGGACGGUGUCACCUACUUGGUGCGGAUCACGACAGUGUCAGGCAGCCAGGAGAGCCCCCCGGCCACCCUGACUUUCCAAGUGGAAUCCCCCUCCGUGGGCCGCAUCACCAACUUGGAGGCUGCUGCGGUCGGGUCCAACCAAGUGCGGGUGUCAUGGAAUCUGGUUGCUGGAGCUACUGGCUAUAAGGUGACGUGGCGGCCGAGGGAUGGUCAAGAGAUUGCUCGUGUCCUGCCAGCCGAUGCAAGCUCCUACAUAAUUGAGGGCUUAAGGCCGGGGGUGACCUACAUCAUCGGGCUCUCAGCCUUGGUUGGCAGCAGAGAAGGGAGCCCCGUCACCACCACAGCUACGACAGCCUCUGAGCAGGUGGGAGCGGUCACCAGCCUUCGAGUCCUUGAAUCCCGGAGCAAUGUGGUGCGAGUCACAUGGGUCGGCGUGCCUGGGGCGACCGCGUACAAGGUGGUGUGGAGCCGGCGUGACGGGGGACCUGAAAACAGCAGGGUGCUCACAGGAAACACCAAUUCCUUUGAUAUCCUUAACCUGGAAGGAGGGGUCAGCUACACAGUGAAGGUCACAGCGCUGAUUGGAAACCGGGAAGGAGACCCUGUGUCUAUUACGGUCACCACACCAAGAGUCCCGGUUCAACCAGUUGGGAAUCUGCGUGUGAUUGACUCCUCAGAGAAGCGUAUCCGACUGGAAUGGAGCCCAGUGCCUGGCAGCACAGGCUAUCGACUUACCUGGCGGCCAGCAGAGGAUGGUCAGGAGAGGAGCCAGCUGCUGCCAGCCGGCAUCAACACCUAUGACAUCGAAGAUCUGCAGCCAGGAGGGCGCUACGAAAUUCGAAUCACAAGCCUCCAAGGCAGCCAGGAGAGUGAAGCUGUGUCCAUUGUGGCUACCACUGCUGAGAGCCGAGUGUCCAAUUUCCGGAUCACCGAGACCCUGAAGGAUUCCAUUACAUUGACCUGGACGCCAGUUUCUGGGGCCUCUGGCUAUUUCCUCUCCUGGGAAUCUCCAAGAGACGAAAGGGAAGGGCAAAGAACAUUGCCAGGCUCGGCAACAUCCUACCAAGUGUCUGGGCUGCGACCGGGUGAGAGGUACACCUUCACCCUUCGCCCGGUGUUUAGGGACAGCACAGGUGCUGAGGCUUCUGUUUCUGGGACUUCUGCUCAAGCAGUCUGUCAAGAUGCCCGCAGAGAUAUCGUUUUCCUUGUGCAUGCAACGCGGGACAGUGCCUACAACGCAGAGGAGGUGCAAGGCUUCCUGGCUGACACGGUGUCUGCACUGGGCCAGCUGGGCCCUGGGGCCACCCAGGUGGGCAUCGUGAUCUACAGCUACCGAGGCCUCCCCUUGCUCCUGCUCAACCGCUCGGCCGACCUGCCGACAGUCCUGCGGUACAUCCGCUCCCUGCGCUACGAGGAGCCCAGCGGCAAUGCCAUCGGAGCUGCCAUUAAUUUUGCCAAGAGCUACAUGCUGAGCGCCAGCGCAGGACGCAGGCCGGGCGUGCCGGGAACCCUGGUGAUUGUGGCCGACGGGUCUUCUGGGGAUGACGCCAUUGGGCCAGCCAGGGAAAUCAAAGCUGCAGGGAUCCGGGUGCUGGCCGUGGGCAUGGAUGGGGCCGACCGCGAGCAGCUGCGCCGCCUGGUAACCAACGAGGACCCACGCAACGUGUUCCUUGUGAGAGACGCGAGCAGCCUGCCGGAGGUGGAGGAGGAGCUCUCCGAUGCUCUUUGCAGCGUGUUCAGCCCAGACAGGGGCGAGAAGGGUGAACCUGGCGAGAUAGGUCGCAAUGGGAUCCCAGGUCCCCCAGGUCCCCCAGGUCCAGUGGGACCUCGGGGGCCCCCUGGUGAUGCCACUGAGCGUCGGGGUGAGAAGGGAGACAGGGCAUUUUGGAUGAAGGAUACCCAGGAGCAGAUGGAGUGCCAGGGAGUCCUGGCCGUCCCGGCAACCCUGGUCCUCCUGGACAACCGGGCGGCCCUGGCCUUCCUGGCCUCAGAGGAAACCCAGGAACACCCGGAACCCCUGGGAAUCCAGGGCCCAGGGGACCCUUUGGUGAUCCCGGACCUCCUGGGCCUGUGGGACCUCCUGGGUCCCCAGGACCUGCGGGGAGAGAAAGGCGACCGAGGUGAGCGAGGCCCUCCUGGUUCGGCUGAUGGGACUGUGGUCAGAGGAGAACCAGGCAUUCCAGGUCUGCCUGGAGAUCCUGGACCCAGGGGUCCUCCUGGAGCCCCAGGGCAGAAAGGGGACAAGGGGGAUGGAGAAGAAGGUUUUCCUGGACCACCUGGACGUGCUGGAGAGCCAGGAGAUCGGGGCCCUAGAGGACCUCCAGGUGAAUCAGGAGGCAAGGGUGACCGUGGCCAGCCCGGUGAGGCUGGACCCGCAGGAGAGAAGGGAGACCGUGGAUUGCCUGGCUCUGGAGGAGAGAAGGGAGAACAAGGACCCUCAGGCCGCCCUGGUCCACCUGGCAGAGAUGGCUUGCCAGGAUCAUCUGGGCCUCGAGGGGAAAGGGGGGAGCCAGGAGAGCCGGGUAUUCCUGGGAAGCCGGCUUCUAGCCUCUCAGGAAUCAAAGGAGACAAGGGAGAGAGAGGCCCUGUAGGACCGGAGGGGCCACCCGGACCCAGAGGAGAGGCUGGGAGCAAAGGAGAACGUGGUCCUCCUGGAUUUAGUGUCCCUGGGCCACCUGGUCCAAAAGGAGAUCCAGGGGACAGGGGGAUUAUUGGCCUGGCGGGUCGAGCUGGCCCAAAGGGUGACCCAGGAGAGCCAGGUGAGAGAGGAGAACCAGGAAGAGCAGGGCCACCUGGACAGGCAGGCCAGCGAGGAAAAGAGGGUGAAAGAGGUGAAAAAGGAGAUGAAGGAACACCAGGACCACCAGGACCCCCAGGCCAGGCAGUUGGUGUGGGAGUCGGAGGAGGACAAAAAGGCGAGAAGGGGGAGCCGGGGGAUCCUGGAGAAGAAGGAAUGAAAGGUGUGAAAGGAGAGGCUGGUUCCCCUGGGCUGCCAGGAGAGCGGGGAGUGGAGGGCCCCAGAGGUCUCCCCGGAAUUCGCGGUGACCCUGGAGAUCGCGGCCCAGUGGGAGAGAAGGGUGACCGAGGCCCCCCAGGACUGGAUGGUCGGAAUGGGUUGGAUGGAAAGCCUGGGCAAACAGGGCCCGCAGGCCAACGGGUAAGUGUGCUGCUCAUGAAAGACACGGCCUAUGCAGCAGCAUGGAACCUCUUCAGCCUGAGUGUCAGGUUCGGUUUUGCAGAAGCCCCUGGGGGCCACGUUCCAGUUGUGAGUGGGGAAGAGGGGAUGGGCCAAAACUAUCGGCAUAUUUUAGGUGACCCAGGGAAACAAGGCGAGCCGGGCCGAGAUGGCCUGCCAGGUCUGCGUGGAGAACCAGGCCCUCCUGGAGCAACUGGCCCCCCAGGUCCCCCAGGACUGACCGGCAAGCCUGGUGAGGAUGGCAAGCCUGGGCUGAAUGGGAAGAAUGGUGAAGAUGGGACACCAGGAGAAGAUGGAAGGAAGGGAGACAAAGGUGAAGCUGGAGCACCUGGCAGAGAUGGUCGAGAAGGCAUUAAAGGAGAGCGAGGGGUCAGUGGGCCUCCAGGACCUCCGGGACCACCAGGAGUCCCUGGCAUGCCUGGACAAGUUGGUCCUCCAGGCCAGAGUUUGCCUGGCCUUCCUGGAGUUUCUGGGCAAAAGGGAGACAGAGGCGAGUCUGGGGCCAAAGGAGACCAGGGGAGAACUGGGGAGCCUGGGCUGCGAGGUGAGCCUGGAACGGCACCGAACGUUGAACGUGCCCUAGAAUCAUAUGGCAUUAAGAUUUCCACACUGCGGGAGAUCACUGGUGCUUACGAUGGGAGUUCUGAUCAAUUCCUGCCCAUCCCUGAUCGCCGGAGAGGCCUGAAGGGUGACCGAGGGGAUCCAGGAGAAAGGGGACCACCAGGCAAAGAGGGUCUCAUUGGCUUCCCUGGAGAAAGAGGGCCAAGGGGAGAGAAGGGAGACCCUGGCCCACAAGGCCCACCAGGUCCACCAGGCCGUGCCAUUGGAGAGCAGGGAAGAGAAGGGCCACCUGGCCAGCCGGGGGAGCCUGGGAAACCUGGAAUUCCAGGGGUGCCAGGCCGGGCUGGAGAACUUGGAGAGGCCGGCCGACCAGGAGAGAAGGGUGAUCGGGGUGAGAAAGGUGCACAAGGGGCUCAGGGCAGAGAUGGCUUACCGGGCCCGCCAGGGCCACCUGGACCCAAGGUAGACGUGAUAGAAGGGAGUCUCUCAGGUUUUCCGGGGGAACGUGGGCCUGCAGGACCUAAAGGAAGCAAGGGUGAACCUGGGCAGAGGGGAGAGAAGGGCGAAGCUGGCGAGAAAGGCAGGGAUGGUGCUCUCGGCCUGCAAGGGUUUAGAGGGCCCCCCGGCCCAGCUGUAAGUAAUGUUUCUUGGGUAACCAAGGAGAUCCUGGACCACCAGGCCCUCCUGGAGAUGUCGGAGAGCCUGGCUCCAGCAUCCGGGGUUUGCCAGGUCCCCAAGGGAAUGUUGGACUACCAGGACCAGCAGGACCACCUGGGCUUGUGGGUCCACAAGGCCCUCCAGGAUUACCAGGACAAGUGGGUGAACCCGGGAAACCAGGCGUGCCAGGAAGAGAGGGGGUGCCAGGAAAAGACGGGUGUCCCAGGACCCGUAGGACCUGCUGGCCCCAAAGGAGAGCCUGGUGACACUGGGUCCCCCGGACAGACCGUUGUUGGGCCUCCCGGAGCAAAAGGAGAGAAGGGUUCACCAGGCGAUUUUGAUGUAGAACAUCUGGGGAAAUUGGGUGCCAAGGGUGAUAGAGGCAUACCAGGACCUCGAGGAGAGAAGGGUGAACGUGGGGAACAAGGUGAACCAGGAGAUCCUGGAGAAGAUGGAGCCAAAGGAUCACCUGGGAUCAAAGGGGAAAAGGGCUCCCUCGGGAUUGGUCUCCAAGGACCUCCUGGGCAGAUUGGACCUCCAGGCUUGAAGGGGGAUCCUGGCUUGCCAGGCCCACCAGGGCCCUCAGGUUUGCCAGGUGUGGCUGGGACACUGGGCCAGCCAGGCCUGAGAGGAGAAACUGGGCUCGCUGGCCAACCAGGACCUCCAGGAGAGAGGGGUCUGAUUGGUUUCCCUGGGCGAGAUGGCACUGCAGGACCUCCAGGGCCAGCGGGACCUCCGGGGCCACCAGGCGCACAAGGCACUCCAGGAGUGAAAGGUGACAAGGGAGGUACAGGUAUUGGUCAGCCAGGUGCUAGGGGCGAGCGAGGAGAUCCAGGGCCACGAGGUGAAGAUGGUCGGCCAGGGCUGGAGGGAGACCGUGGGCCUCCGGGGCCUCCAGGAAACCGAGGAGAGAGAGGUGAUAAAGGAGAUGUUGGGAUUAUGGGGCCAAAGGGAGACAAGGGUGACACUGCCAUUGUGGAGGGACCGCCUGGUGCUCGGGGGAACAAAGGGGAGCCAGGAGACCGUGGCCUGAAAGGGAUGGAAGGGGAGAAAGGUGACAAAGGAGACCAGGGCAUCCUUGGAGAGAAGGGAGUGAAAGGUGAGCAAGGAGAGAAAGGAUCAGCAGGCUUCCCAGGUGCACGAGGUCCAGGUGGGCAGAAGGGAGAAGUUGGUGAGUCAGGAGAGCCAGGAGAGCCAGGUCUACCUGGGAAGGAUGGUAUUCCGGGAAUGAGAGGAGAGAAAGGAGACCUGGGACCUCUUGGAAUGCGAGGACCAAAGGGAGACCGAGGAAUGAAAGGUGCCUGUGGCCAGGAUGGAGAUAAGGGGGAGAAGGGAGAGCCAGGUGUGCCGGGCCGAAUGGGACUUGCUGGAAGGAAGGGUGACCCUGGAGACGUGGGCAUGCCUGGAAGCCCAGGAAUCCCUGGGAAAGAAGGCCUCAUAGGACCCAAGGGCGACAGGGGAUUUGAUGGCCAGCAAGGCUCCAAAGGAGACCAGGGAGAAAAGGGAGACAGGGGUGCUCCAGGCAUCAUUGGUUCUCCAGGGCCCAGGGGCAGUGAUGGCCCCCCUGGCCCCCCUGGGCCCCCUGGCAACAUUGGUCCCAAAGGCCCAGAAGGGAUUCAGGGGCAGAAGGGUGAAAGAGGACCCCCGGGGGAGUCAGUUGUAGGUGCCCGAGGAGCCCCAGGUGUGCCAGGAGAAAGAGGAGAACAGGGAAACCCAGGACUUGAUGGCCCCAGAGGAGAGAAAGGAGUGCCUGGCAUGACGGAAGAAGAGCUCAGGCAGUUUGUCAGGCAGGAGAUGAGCCAGCACUGCGCUUGUGGGGGACAGUUGCCACUUCCUGAGCGGCGUGAGUAUUGUGGAUGUUGUUAGCUGCCUUCCUUUCUCUAGCAGCAUCUGUAGUAGUGGCCAGUGGUAAUGAGUAACACCCAGCACAUCGCUGGCACUUGCGUAGUGUUUGUGCUCCCAAAUAUGCAGCAUUGCUGAGAGUUGCCAG